AUGCUGCCAAACGAGAUCUUAGAUAAACACCCUGAUAUCAUAGAGCAAGAAAUGCCUACCCGGGCUGGUUCGAACCUUCGGCCACCACUGGAGGCUGAAUCAAGCUCUGGUUUUGACAGUGAAGACAGCUUUUCAGGCACUACUGGUACCAACAAGACGUUGUCUAGAUUACCGAAGGCAAAUCAAGGAUGGAUGGGAAAAUCUUCCUUGCUGGUGUUUUUCGAUAUAACGAUUGUAAAUGGUAAGAAAACUGCACAUUGCAAGCAUUGCAGGAAACCUUACAAGGAAGGGGACUCCACGGGGAAUAUGAGCAAACACAUUCGAGGCGUACAUCCUGCAGCUUUCAAAGCCCACAAGGGAAAGGUGGUUAAGAACAAAGAAUUGAAUUUUGCCGCUAAAAAGAAGACGAAAACGCUUAGAAUCUCUAAGGCAAUUCAAAACGAGCAUAAGAGAAACCGACACAACUUCACAACGGCUCUACUUGUUGUAGAAGGAUUUUUGUCGCUAAGCAUUGUGGAACAACCAACCUGGAGGUUUUUUGUGAAAAACGUACCAAACCAAACAGAAGCUCCCGUUCGGUCCAGAAACGCACUUGUGAGAAAGCUAAAGGCUUAUUCCUCUAUGUUGAACGAUACGCUGUCCCUCAAUCUCGGGGACACGCAUCUUGUCAACAUCCAGUUAGAUGUCCGGACUGCAAGAGGUGGUGAAUCCUAUAUGGGGAUGUCGGUCUCUUUUGCACCUAAUAUGUGGAAUAAAAAGCUAUUGGACUGCAUGGAAGAUCACAGUCUUUUGCUGAACGAUGCUGGGUUGGCUCAAAAUACUCAUCUGCUUGAUUUUGUUUGCUUGGGACCUGAGACACGCGCCGGUCCAAAUAUCUUGGCGGUUUUCAUGAAACUUUUGAAGAAGCAUAACCUUACAGACAAAGUGGCUACAAUUACCAUGAACAGUGCCGAAAACAAUGCCUCAAUGUACCAGUCGUUCAUUUGCUCGCUUGCCAAAGACGAUGAACCUCUAGCGGGUCGUCUCAUGGGCAAGGCCCGCUAUAUUCGAAGCGCAAGUCAGGUCAUUGAUUUGCAAGUUGAGGAAAUACUCUCAGAGCUUUCUAAACAUGAAGAUUUUGCCGUUGCACUGCGAAGGAUCAAGACGCUUGCGAAGGUUAUGAGAGCCUGCUUUCGCAUUCGCUACAAGUUGAGAGACGACAAGAUUCCAUUGAUUCCGCUAGGAGCACCCACUAGCGGGACGUACGUUUGGCGUCAACUAAACUCAUUCCUUGAUAAUUAUAAGAAAUACAAGACGUGGUUUGAGAAGCGGGACAAAAUUGAGGAUUCAGACAUAAUCGAGAAGCUUCGUGAGUACAUUCAUUACGACGAGGGAACUUUAGAGAUGUUGAAAUAUCUCGUCCAGAGCCUUCAACUGCUGUAUGAUUCCUCAUCAAAGCUACAAAGAGAUUUCUGUAAUCAGCUUUCGAAUGGUGUGCCGUUUUACUACUUAGUAGACCAUUUCUAUUCUUAUUGUGAAAAUGCUCUUGAGGAGCGUCAAAUCAUUAAAAGCGGCUCAGGACCCGAUUUUUCUUGUCUGAAUGGGGUGGCAGAACUUCGUGGCGCCGAUAAGCGACUUGUUUUGGAGGCUAUUUUGACAUCACGGGAAAGCUUCAACGAGCACUUGACUCGGGUCGAGCGGGACCCACUCUAUUAUGUGGCAGUGAUACUGGAUCCGGGUGCUAAUACCGAAGCCCUUUUCAGAAUGCUGUCACAGAAGGACGCCAAAGAAAGAAUAUCAGAAGCCUCUCUCUUUAUCCAAAACUAUUUCAAAGAAUACGAUGAAUUUAUUGAUUUGCGAGCUUCAAGUCCUGUGGAAGAGCAUGGCAGCGUUGAAAAUAGAGACCUUUUAUUUGACCAGGCAAAUUUGCCUAAGGUUAGCUUUCCAAAGACUUCAGAUAACACCGCAACAACAGAGAACCCAGAGUUCUUGGCAGAGUGGGCAGCCUAUAUGCAGGAAAAUCCACUCAAAGAGAGGACCAAGGAAACCGCAAUUGCUUGGUGGUAUCAGCACCGAUCGGACUAUCCAAGGCUCUUCCCGCUUGCCAUGUCCUUGUUUUAUACCAAGCUCAGCGCAUGCGAAGUGGAUAGAACGUUCUCUUUGGCCGCAAAAAUAACAAGAAAGGGAAGAGGCUGGCUUUCGUCGCGAAAAUUCAGAACCUUGUUACUGUUGCGGGAUAGGUUUGAAAAAUUCGGUUUUUAUGAAGGUGGUCCUAUGCCAGUUGGUGAUCUUUUCGAAGAUGAUGACCUGGACGACGACAACGAUGACUACUAUGUUGGCGAACCAGACCCUUUCGAUCUCUGUGCUAGCUCGGAUGAAGUUAUGUAUGACACAGAUACAGAUUCAGACGGUAUGGGAUCCGACGGGGAUUAA